AUGUCUAUCGUGCCAUUGGAUACAACAAUACGUCAAAUUGGUUUGGCUCAAGGAAUAGUAAACUUUACAAAAAUAUUUUCCCCUACUAAACCAUGUGAAAAUGUUCAUACGCAAAAAAAUCGAUUAGCAUUUUAUGAAGCUGAACCAAAUUAUUGGAUACAUGUUUUGAUUGAACUAGGAUAUGUCAGGAGAACAACUAAAGAUAAAGAUGGAAAACCAAAGAUUAUAACUGAAUAUCUAGAUGUAAAUUUACACGAUUCUGAAAUUGGAAAAAUGUUAGAAAUUGGAUAUGAAAUAACUUCAGGAGUGAAAUCUUUAAAGGUUAAAUUAGAAGAAUUUUUUGGUAAUUGGGUAUUUGAAUGGGAUUUUGAGAAGACUGAAUUAACCAAAAUUGUCGAUGGUAAUUAUAAUAAUAUUGAUAUUAUGCCAGCAUAUUUGGAAAUAACAUCAUUAAUCGAACAAAUUCACUCGGAAUAUGAAAUAAUAGAAGACGCUGUAGUGUUAUGGAAAAACAAAUUGAUAUACAAUGGAAGCAUUCCUGAAAAUCAACUAAAAGGAAUUUGGAAACAUUUGGAUACCUUGAUUUCUGAAAGAAAUUUGUUCGAAAGAGAACUUGAAAGAAAAAAGAAUACCAAAGACAGUGAUAAACCGCAGCAGCAAUCUUCUUCAGAGCCUCCCCUUGAUUCUUCUUCUUUACCAUCCGAAAUAAAUUUAUCAAAAUUCUUGAUAGGACCAACAGAUUUAGAUGGAUCUAAUAGAGAUAUUAAACCUUUGACAAUUUAUUUACAAGAUUUUCUUACGUUUGCAUUCUUAAUACCGGCCAAAUCGGUGGAAGGAAUUACAAAAGUAUACGAUAUGAAAUUUUAUAUAUCUCUAGAUGAAUGUUUAUCUAUUAGAUCUGAAUCUAUAAUUAAUGCAGUAAAUGAGGAUUAUGAAAAAUCAAGAAAAUUUGGAGGAUUAACUAUUACAAACGAGAUGGCUCAUGCAUUAUGUGAUAUACAUGAAGAUCUUGAAAAACAUCAACAAUUGACAGAAGUCUAUACAAGAUCUACAACAAAUUUUUGGGUAGUUGGGAGAAGGUCUGAUAAACGUAUACUCUAUAUUGUUGUACCUAAAAAAGAUACAUCACUUAUAGAAGUUGAAGAUGAGAUAAGAAAACUUACAAGUUUAUAUUUUUCUGCAAAUAAUAACUGA